AUGCCGUAUGCAAAGCCCAAUGUGUCCGGUCCUAUAAAACUGUCUCUGACUGAUUAUGGAGAGGUGCUGUGCUCACUGGACAUACAGGGAUUUUAUGCUAAUGACAUACAGAUGAAAUGGAACAACAAGGAGACUUCAGAACCAAACAGACCAUCUCAGAACAGUGAUGGCACCUUUAGUGUUCACAAUGAAUGUAAACUUCCUGGGAGCUUCUUCAGUCAUCCCGACUCUGCAGUGAAGGUGUCCUGGAAACACGACUCCAUGGAGGACUGGGAGAGCAGAGAGCUGUCUGUUCUGGAUAAAGAGUUUCCCUGGAAGCCGGACACACAGGAUAUUGCAAUCCCCAAUCUUCUUAUUGGCCGAACAGCUACACUGAAGUGUGAGGUGUCCAAUGUAUUUCCUGAUGUCCUGAGUGUGAAAUGGCUGAAGAAGGAGAAGGACAGUGAGGAAAUAUUCCCUGUGAUCCACAACCAAACGUAUAAUAUCUCAGAGCUCCGACCUGAGAAGCAGAAGGAUAAAACAUUCACAUACAAGUCAUGCUUAAAGUUCAAACCAUCUAUCAGUACAGAGGAGGGGGCAACGUUUAUCUGCAGGGUGGAACAUCCCGCUCUGGAGAGAGCAGCAGAGAAGAGCACCGGACCUCUCACUAUAAAAGACAUAAAGACUGUGGUUCCAUCACCUCAAGAAAAGACUCGGCAAGAGUCUCGUCCCCAGAUUCCACAAUAUGUAUCUAUGACUGACUCUGCUGUUAGGCCAACAGAUGAGAGAUUCAUUGUUGGGGAGAUCCAGGGUCCUUCUCAUUGGUUUCAUAAGGAGAAGGUCACUCUGUAUUGUUCAGUGUCUGAUUGCUCUAAGGACACCCGUGUGAUGUGGAUGGUGGAACAUACAGAUCGAAGAGUAGAGGAAAUAUCAAACAUUGGAGGGGAUCCCCUGACAGACUCCGGUUAUAUGAUAUCUAAGGAGAUAGAAGAGUCUGAUAAAGAAGGACUGAAUAAUGUAACAGCAUCACUCAUAUUAGUACCAUCCGUGUCCAAACACCUUGGAGUGAUUUUCUCCUGCAGAAUCUCCUCUGAGGGACAAACCAAGACCAAGGAAUUCAAGCCUAAGUCUAUAUGUGCAAAGCCACAAGUCCUGGAACAGGUGAAGACAAGUCUGUGUGAUGGUGGAGAUGUCCUCUGCUCUUUGAAACUUCAGGAUACUUACCCCAAACAAGUGAAGAUUACCUGGAGAUCAGGAGAACAUGAGCUGAAGUCCAGUGAGAAGUUUGAAGUGAAUAAUGAUGGGACAUUUAAUGGUCACAGUCAUUGUACUGUCCCAGGAAGUCUCUUAUUAGAUCCCAACUUCAACCUCCAUGUGACCUGGAGAUACAAAUAUCUGACUACACCACAAUCACAAGUCCUGUCCUGGAGGGAUCCAGGUCUGCCCUGGUGCCCUGUAGUUGAAGAGGUCCCUAUACCUCAUGUACUAAUAGAGCGACAGAACACUCUGCAAUACAACAUCUCCCGAUACUUCCCUGAUGCUGUGACUGUGAGUUGGCAUAGGAAGGAGAAAGGAGCCCAGGAAUAUAUUCCUCUAUCAGAGAGUAAUGUGUACCAGAUACUAGACAUCCAGUCCCAGAGACAGUCCGAUCACACCUAUUCCUGUACAGCCAGACUGCUGUUCAAACCAACCAUGAGAGACGUAGAAUCAGAGAUCAUGUGUAGAGUGUUCCAUCCCAGCCUGGAGAGACCCAUAGAGAGGACAUCAGGACCCCUACAGGUGCAGGCCAAACCAAAGGUGAGGAAGCCAAUGAAAUCAUCUCUGGGUAGCGGGGAGCUGAUACUCUCUCAGAUGCUGGACAACUUUUAUCCCAAAAACAUCCAGAUUGAGUGGUGUGAUUGGUCAGGAGAUCAGCCGGGACAACGCUGCCCAUCACAGGAGAAAUAUACAACCAAUAUGAAUAAAACAUUCAGUGUUACCAGUCAAUGUGGAGUCCCUGAGAGUCUCUUACACAACCCGGACUUCAGAGUACGACUGACCUGGAGACACGAGUCCAUGGAUGAGGAGGAGUACAAGGAAUUCUCUAUAAGAGAUAAAGCCUUUCUUCACAAUGAAGCCGCGUUGGUGGUUUCCGCUCCAACACCACACAGAGCCCAGCUGGGAACCAACAUCGUGCUCCCGUGUUCUUUCAAAGUGGACGACGCUUCAAUAGACCCUAAGUUCCUCGCCAUUUUGUGGCUUUUUAAGGGUGAAGAGGUUCUGAGGGUUGACAACAAGGAGGAAAAGUCUCAUCCAAGAAUGUUUAUGAAUAAACAGGACAUUGCUAAAGGAAUCGCUAGCAUGGAAAUCAAAAACGUUACCAUCUCUGACAUUGGACAGUAUAGGUGUAUGGUGAUCUACACUCCACAAAGGCAAUACAAGGACAUUGACCUCAGUGUUUAUGCAACUCCAUCAAUUAUAAUUGAGAAAGUGGAGAAGGAGGACAAGACAAGCUUUGCACGGUGCUCGGUGAAUAGUUUCUACCCCAAACAUAUCACAGUGGAAAUCCUAACGGACCACACAAUUAUUGACGACUUAGUACUAUCGGAAUAUCACACAAAUGAUGAUGGCACUUACUCGGUUAAUAGGACAUGGCAGAUACCAUCUGAUGAGUCACCAAAAAUGUUGUCCUGUACAGUCCACCAUGAAACACUCACACCUUAUGUACAAAAAGACCUUCAGCUGGUUUAUCAAGACCAGAACUCUACAGGCGUGGUGGUGGGCGGCGUUGUUGCCGGAGUCAUCAUUUCGAUACUGGCCAUCCUUUUCUUUUUAUGGUAUCGCAAAAGGAAAUCAGGUCAGAUGUUUAUGGUGAAUGACAUUGAGAGUCCCGUGUGGGUUGAUGGUGAGAAGACCACACUGCCCUGUAAAGCUUCAAACUGUACUGGGGAUGUCCAGGUGGCUUGGGUCAUUAAAUUGAGAGAUGGCACAGAACUUGAAGUCUCAGACACUAGAUCAGGAGAUAAGGAAGAGGAACAACCUUUAUUGUCCAGAGAGUACCACGUGACAAGUGACCGGGACAGUCAGAAGUCAAAAGGACAUGUGACCACAAAGCUGACCUUCAUUCCUUCUAUAUCCAGACAUCUGGGGUCCACUAUAACCUGCAGGAUCAUUCAUAAAAAUAAACCUGUGGAGAAAACCUGUGAGAUCAAGUCCAUCUAUGCGAAACCCAAGUUCGUUGAGCCUGUACAGUUUACACUAUCUGACCAAGGAGAUGUACAAAUAUCAGUUAAGUUACAGAAGUUUUAUCCUCAGGAGAUGGAGGUGAGCUGGUUCUCUAGAAGGGGGCAAUCUGAAGAGAAAAUGCCAUCAGAGGACACGAGCAGCAAUUCUGGAGAUACGUUUGAUUUGGAGAGUAAAUGUUCAGUUUCCGGAGAUCUAUUCAAUGAUCCCACAUAUAAAGUCAUUGUGAGGUGGAAACAUCAGUCCAUGGAGGAAUCACAAUCCCGUGAGCUCUCUGUAAGAGACCUUCACUGGUGUCCAAAGCUACAGAACAUCCCAAUAGAAACUGUUUUCCAGGAUGAUGAGGUUAUUUUACAGUGCCGGGUGACAGACUACUUCCCCAAUGCUCUGGCAGUGAAAUGGUUUGAGAAGAAAAUGGGCAGUCAGGACUUGGUAGAAAUUUCCAAUUCUCAGAAAUACAAAGUUCCAGAAAUCUCAUCGUACAGGAUGGAAAACGGAACAUUCUCUUCUACAGCGGUCUUAUCUUACAAGAGAUCUGAUCUGUCAGGGAAGGGAGUGGAGUUUAUCUGCAGAGUGGAACAUCCCAGCCUGGAUACACCCAUCCAAAAUAGUAUUUUACAGUACAGAGAUACAGAGGCUCCAACGUUUGUCAUAAACAACAUCCAGGGACCCCAGACGUGGUACAACGGGGAGAAGGUCACUUUAUACUGUGCGGCCUCAUACUGUUUGGAAGGUGCACAAGUAAAUUGGAUUGUGAAAGCAGCAGGUGUCACUAUCUGUGAAAUAGGCGAGGAUGGAGCAGAUGUGAAGAAAGCCCCUCAUCAGUCCUCUGGCUAUGUGGCUCACAGAGAAAGAACUGAAAUAUCUGAUAAGGAAGGUCUUCAGGAUGUCACCUCCUCUCUGACCUUCACACCUUCCAUCUCUAAACACCAAAAUAUCGACAUUGCCUGUAAGAUUCUCUGUGAUGAAAAAGUAAAGGAGAAGACUUUUCAGUACAAAUAUCUUUAUGCAAAACCCAAUGUGUCCGGUCCUAUAAAACUGUCUCUGACUGAUUCUGGAGAGGUGCUGUGCUCACUGGACAUACAGGGAUUUUACCCCAGUGAUAUUCAGAUGAAAUGGAACAACACGGAGACUUCAGAACCAAACAGACCAUCUCAGAAGAGUGAUGGCACCUUUAGUGUUCACAGUGAAUGUAAACUUCCUGGGAGCUUCUUCAGUCAUCCCGGCUCUGCAGUGAAGGUGUCCUGGAAACACGAUUCCAUGAAGGACUGGGAGAGCAGAGAGCUGUCUGUACUGGAUAAAGAGUUUCCCUGGAAGCCGGACACACAGGAUAUUGCAAUCCCCAAUCUUCUUAUUGGCCGAACAGCUACACUGAAGUGUGAGGUGUCCAAUGUAUUUCCUGAUGUCCUGAGUGUGAAAUGGCUGAAGAAGGAGAAGGACAGUGAGGAAAUAUUCCCUGUGAUCCACAACCAAACGUAUAAUAUCUCAGAGCUCCGACCUGAGAAGCAGAAGGAUAAAACAUUCACAUACAAGUCAUGCUUAAAGUUCAAACCAUCUAUCAGUACAGAGGAGGGGGCAACGUUUAUCUGCAGGGUGGAACAUCCCGCUCUGGAGAGAGCAGCAGAGAAGAGCACCGGACCUCUCACUAUAAAAGAUGAGGAGAGAUUCAUUGUUGGGGAGAUCCAGGGACCUUCUCAUUGGUUUCAUAAGGAGAAGGUCACUCUGUAUUGUUCAGUGUCUGAUUGCUCUAAGGACACCCGUGUGAUGUGGAUGGUGGAACAUACAGAUCGAAGAGUAGAGGAAAUAUCCAACAUUGGAGGAGAUCCCCUGACAGACUUCGGUUAUAUGACAUCUAAGGAGAUAGAAAAGUCUGAUAAAGUAGGACUGAUUAAUGUUACAGCAUCAAUUAUAUUAGUGCCAUCCGUGUCCAAACACAUUGGAGUGAUUUUCUCCUGCAGAAUCUCCUCUGAGGGACAAACCAAGACCAAGGAAUUCAAGCCUAAGUCUAUAUGUGCAAAGCCACAAGUCCUGGAACCGGUGAAGACAAGUCUGUAUGACAAUGGAGAUGUCAUCUGCUCUUUGAAACUUCAGGAUACUUACCCCAAACAAGUGAAGAUUACCUGGAGAUCAGGAGAACAUGAGCUGAAGUCCAGUGAGAAGUUUGAAGUGAAUAAUGAUGGGACAUUUAAUGGUCACAGUCAUUGUACUGUCCCAGGAACUCUCCUAUUAGAUCCCAACUUCAACCUCCAUGUGACCUGGAAACACAAAUCUCUGACUACACCACAAUCACAAGUCCUGUCCUGGAGGGAUCCAGGUCUGCCCUGGUGCCCAGUAGUUGAAGAGGUCCCUAUACCUCAUGUACUAAUAGAGCGACAGAACACUCUGCAAUACAACAUCUCCCGAUACUUCCCUGAUGCUGUGACUGUGAGGUGGUUCAGGAAGGAGAAAGGAGCCCAGAAAUAUAUUCCUCUAUCAGACUGUAAUGUGUACCAGAUACUGGACAUCCAGUCCCAGAGACAGUCCGAUCACACCUAUUCCUGCACAGCCAGACUGCUGUUCAAACCAUCCGUGAAAGAUGUAGAAUCAGAGAUCAUAUGUAGAGUGUCCCAUCCCAGCCUGGAGAGACCCAUAGAGAAGACAUCAGGACCUCUACAGGUGCAGGCUAAACCGAAGGUGAGGAGGCCAAUAAAAUCAUCUCUGGGUAGCGGGGAGCUGAUACUCUCUCAGUUGCUGGAGAACUUUUAUCCCAAAAACAUCCAGAUUGAGUGGUGUGAUUGGUCAGGAGAUCAGCCGGGACAACGCUGCCCAUCACAGGAGAAAUAUACAACUAAUAUGAAUAAAAUAUUCAGUGUUACCAGUCAGUGCCGAGUCCCUGAGAGUCUCUUACACAACCCGGACUUCAGAGUACGACUGACCUGGAGACACGAGUCCAUGGAUGAGGAGGAGUACAAGGAAUUCUCUAUAAGAGAUAAAGCGUUUAUGGGAUUCUUGCCUCGCCUGAGAAUUGCCUUCUAUUCCCCCCUGCUGCACCGCUUGUACUGCCGACCACACUGA